GAGAGAGAGAGUGAGAGGGAGUGGGAGAGCCAGAACAGAAGGAAGGAACAAUAGAGAAUCAAAGCAUAAUGAUAUUCCUAAAUGAAGAGGGAAAUGUUGCCGCGCUCAUUUUAUUAAUCAGACUGUCAAUUUCACCCCAGAGGCCAACCCCAGGAGCCAUCUAAAACAGAGUCCGAUCAGAAGCUGCUCUCCUCACUUCUCCUCUCUCUCUCCACCUGGAUAUACGCGUCUGGCCGAUCAAGGGCCGACUCUAUCAACCGAUGACAGUCUCUCUCCUAUUUAUUUGCUUAUAAACCUGUUACAAUAAAUGAUCAUUCGAACCGCGUCACGCGCACCUUUAACGACGAAGGCGCAAACCACUUUUUGAUGAACGACUUUCUGGACCAGAGAGGAUGCGCGGGUCAUUUUGAGCAGUCAUUCGUUGCCCGCACUGGCAUUCCUCUGUUUUUUGCUUCCAGCUCAUAAAGGUGUUAUAUUAUUUAGAGGCGGCAGCUGAGCUGAAUGCGGAUUAGAUCCGCCACCAGUCAUCGGAGCACCAGCCCUGGGACUUUGGAUUUCUUUUCUUUUUUUAUCUGCACGACUUCAUGAUGGAGAGGAUAAGAAAAGAGAUGAUUCUGAUGGAAAGGGGACUACACAGUCCAGUGGCGGGAAAGAGGCUCUCCAACCUCACUGACUCUGCCGGGAACGCGGUGCUUGAGGCCCUGGAAAACUCUCCGCACGCCGGUCGCCUCAGCCCGAGAAUACACGGCGGGCUCGGGGAUAUUCCCACCAAAGGCAAGUUCGAGAUAGACAGCUUGUUUGGAAACCACCACAACGACAAUACCUCCUCCACUGAAGUGUCGUCCUCCGAGAGCAGGAAGAAAAUAAACCUGUAUCCCGAAGUUUCUCCUGACUCCGAUAUGAACAGUGAUGUGGAAGUGGGAUGCCCGUCUCAUCGCUCGCCGGGCAGCAUCAGCCAACACAAGGAAAACCACAGCAAAGGUUUUUCGGACAGUAAUUCAGGGGCCUCCAAUUCAAGUUCGUCUCUCUCGAAUCUGAACGGUAAUUCUAUGGGAAACUCCAGCUCGAGCUCGGACCAAGUGAGGAGGUAUCGGACUGCGUUUACCCGGGAACAGAUUGGGAGAUUGGAGAAGGAAUUUUACAGGGAAAACUACGUGUCAAGACCCAGAAGAUGUGAACUGGCCGCAGCAUUAAAUCUACCCGAAACAACAAUAAAGGUGUGGUUUCAGAAUCGACGAAUGAAGGACAAGCGGCAGCGGCUCGCCAUGUCCUGGCCACAUCCCGCGGAUCCCAGUUUCUACACCUAUAUGAUGACGCACGCGGCCGCCACCGGAAGUCUGCCUUACCCUUUCCAUUCCCACAUGCCACUACACUAUUACCCCCAUGUCGGUGUCACGGCGGCAGCUGCUGCGGCGGCCGCGUCAGGAGCCGCGUCUUCACCUUUCGCUACCUCUAUUCGCCCCCUCGAUACUUUCCGUGCGCUUUCUCACCCAUACUCGCGCCCGGAGCUGCUGUGUAGUUUCCGUCACCCAGGACUGUACCAGUCUCCCGCGGGUCUGAACAGCUCCGCGGCGGCGUCAGCGGCAGCAGCGGCGGCGGCGGCUGCGGCUGCGGCGGUCGGUGCGCCUUCAGCGGCGGGUCCGUGCUCGUGUCUCAGCUGCCACAGCAGUCAGGCUGCCAGUGCCCUCGGCUCCAGGAGCUCCAGCUCCGACUUCACCUGCACUGCGAGCGGACAGAGGUCCGAGAGCGGAUUCCUGCCAUACUCGGCCGCGGUUCUCAGCAAAACCGCGGUGCCCUCACCGGACCAGAGAGAGGAGAGCGCGCUCAAUAGAUAGCUUAGUACUGGCAUACACUCUUUUAUUUGAAGGACAUGUAAUUAUUUGUAUUAUUAUUGAUAUCAUUUUUAAAUGUACACUCUAAAAACUGCUGGGUUGUUUCAACCCAACGUUGGGUCAAAU